CCCUCCACAACAAACUAACACUCCCAUCUUCCACUCUUUUAUCCCAUCUUCUAACCAAGAGAGAAAGAAGUAAGAUUGCCAUUUUCAUUAUCCAAAACCAAUAUCAAUGGCAGCUUCUUCUUCUCUUAGCACACUAUCUCAUCAAACACUCCUUUCGCACCCGAAAACACACCUUACUACCACUCCUACAUCCUCCCUUAUUGUCCCUACAACCUCUAAGGUCAAUGGAGUGCUCCUUAAGUCAUCCUCCUCUAGGAGGAGGCGUGCUGCGCCUCGUGCAACCGUUGUGAGGGCUGCGGCUGUGGAAGCGUUGGAAUCGACAGACACUGAUCAACUUGUCGAAAAGUCUGUCAAUACCAUAAGGUUCUUGGCUAUUGAUGCUGUUGAGAAGGCAAACUCUGGUCACCCGGGUUUGCCUAUGGGGUGUGCUCCCAUGGGACAUAUAUUGUAUGAUGAGAUCAUGAGGUAUAACCCGAAGAACCCGUAUUGGUUUAACCGUGACCGCUUUGUUCUCUCUGCUGGUCAUGGUUGUAUGCUUCAGUAUGCUCUUCUUCAUCUUGCAGGCUAUGACAGUGUCUUGGAAGAGGAUUUGAAGACUUUCCGCCAAUGGGGAAGCAGAAUUCCUGGUCAUCCAGAGAAUUUCGAGACACCUGGAGUUGAAGUUACAACUGGGCCACUUGGUCAGGGCAUAGCCAAUGCUGUUGGUUUGGCUCUUGCAGAGAAGCAUCUGGCUGCUCGAUUUAACAAACCUGAUGCUGAAAUCGUUGAUCAUUACACAUACUGCAUUCUUGGUGAUGGUUGCCAGAUGGAAGGAAUUGCCCAGGAAGCUUGCUCGCUUGCUGGUCACUGGGGGCUUGGAAAAUUGAUUGCCCUUUAUGAUGAUAAUCACAUUUCUAUUGAUGGUGACACUGCCAUUGCAUUCACUGAGAAUGUUGAUUUGAGGUUUGAGGCCCUUGGCUGGCAUGUUAUUUGGGUGAAGAAUGGUAACACUGGUUACGAUGAAAUUCGUGCUGCUAUUAAGGAAGCUCAGUCUGUCAAGGACAAACCCACUUUGAUCAAGGUUACCACCACCAUUGGUUUUGGGUCUCCUAACAAGUCAAACUCAUACAGUGUGCACGGAAGUGCAUUGGGUUCUAAGGAAGUUGAGGCUACAAGGCAGAAUCUUGGCUGGCCUUACGAGCCAUUCCACGUUCCAGAGGAGGUGAAAAAGCACUGGAGCCGCCAUACCCCUGAGGGAGCUUCCUUGGAAGCUGAGUGGACUGCAAAGUUUGCAGAGUAUGAGAAGAAGUAUCCUACAGAAGCAGCAGAGUUCAAGUCAAUCAUUACUGGUGAAUUGCCUGCUGGUUGGGAGAAAGCUCUUCCUACUUACACACCUGAGACCCCAGGUGACGCAACCAGAAACCUGUCACAACAAUGCUUAAACGCCCUUGCAAAGGUUCUUCCAGGACUUCUUGGUGGUAGUGCAGAUCUUGCGUCUUCAAACAUGACCUUACUAAAAAUGUUCGGAGACUUCCAAAAGGACACACCGGAAGAAAGGAAUGUUCGUUUUGGUGUUAGAGAGCAUGGAAUGGGAGCCAUUUGCAAUGGAAUUGCCCUUCACAGCCCUGGGCUAAUCCCUUACUGUGCUACCUUCUUUGUGUUCACUGACUACAUGAGAGGAGCAAUGAGGAUCUCUGCCUUGUCAGAGUCUGGAGUCAUAUAUGUUAUGACCCAUGACUCUAUCGGGCUUGGAGAAGAUGGACCCACCCAUCAACCCAUCGAGCACUUGGCAAGUUUCCGUGCCAUGCCCAACAUUCUAAUGCUCCGCCCAGCUGAUGGUAACGAGACUGCUGGUUCAUACAAGGUUGCUGUUGAAAACAGAAAGACACCAUCCAUUCUUGCUCUUUCUAGGCAAAAACUUCCUAACUUGCCCGGAACAUCCAUUGAAGGAGUUGCAAAAGGAGGUUACACCAUCUCAGACAACUCUUCAGGCAACAAGCCUGAUGUUAUUCUGAUUGGAACUGGUUCAGAGCUGGAAAUUGCUGCCAAAGCUGGUGAUGAGCUAAGAAAAGAAGGAAAAUCUGUUAGAGUUGUAUCGUUUGUGUCUUGGGAGCUGUUCGAACAGCAAUCAGAUGAAUACAAGGAGAGUGUCCUUCCUGCAGAUGUUACAGCAAGAGUAAGCAUUGAGGCAGGAUCAACCUUCGGAUGGCACAAGAUAGUGGGAUCGAAGGGGAAGGCAAUCGGUAUUGACAAGUUUGGAGCUAGUGCACCAGCAGGGAGGAUAUACAAGGAGUAUGGAAUCACAGUUGAGGCAGUUGUUGAAGCGGCAAAAUCAGUUUGUUAGGCCACGGUGCUGCAGAUUCUUUUUGCCUCCUGUUUUCCAUUUUUGUUAACUGAUCAAGUAGACAAGGCUCCCUGGUCAAUCUAGUGAGUACUGUAUUACAGUAAAAUCGAAAAAAAAAUUAGUUACUGUAAAGAAAGCGGAUUUGAUCGUUCCAUUUGUCUAGAUGAAUUUCUAAGGCUUCUUACAGUAAGAAUGUUUGUUGAUUUGUAUUUAAAUCUUGCAUUCAAUGUUAAAGUAUGGACAACAUAUUUCUAAUAAGGAACAAUGACAGUGAUGCCGAUUAUGUGAAGCAGUUUUCUCUUCCCAUUCAA